GUUCGAAUCCUGCCGACAACGAAUCGUUUUAUGAACAAAUCAGCAAACCGGAAGCGUUAGAUUAGCUUCCAGAGCAUAGUAACAUUAUAUUUAACAGAGCGGUAAAACUCAUUCCGCAGAAUUUGAUAUUACGCGUUCCUGAAAGGAUAGCAAAUAAAUGAUCCACGCGUUUCUAUGGUAACAAACGUGGCGUUCUCCACCGGAUAAUCAUGGCGGAUGACCUGGAUGAUUUACUAGAUGAAGUCGAAUCAAAGUUUUGUUGCAGCACGUCUGCGUCCAAACAGUCAACUUAUACUUUAAAACAAACGGAGCAAAAAUGUGCGAAACCCGAGGACAAGAAACAGUCCAGAAAACAAGGAUACAAAAAAGCUCGACGUGACAAUGACGAUAUCGACGAUAUCCUGCAGGAAAUACUGGAUGAUGAUUAUCAACCCUCUAGCGCUCACGAAUCCACUGCAGCAAAGACCACAAGUGGUGCAUGUUCUCAGUCAGUGUCCAAGAAAUGCUGUCCCGUGUUUCUCGGUGGAAGUUCUGUACCACAAGGCGUCGGAACCAGCGUUUCACAAAGGGCCUGCAACCGUUUAAGAUGCACAUCUUGCGAUUUCAGUGUAAUGGUGUUUGAGGAUCAGGAAUGGGACUCCUCUUGUGACUAUUUAUUUUUCAGGAAUAACAUGCCGGACCAUAACAAACUAAAAGCCAAACUGAGAAGGAAGAAGGGUGGGCGUGCGUACGCCUGUCAGUGUAGCUGGCACUCAGCCGUGUCGCUCGCUGACCUGAGGGAACGACAGCAGCUAAAGUGGGUUUGUGGCAAACACAAAGUAUGAGCACGCGUCUGCUACGGUUCUCUCAAACCUUACCCGUGUCCACCAGCAAGUGUUGCAUGCUCUUCUCGCAAAAGACAAUGCCGGCCAUUUUCAAAAUUUGCUUUGUGCAGUUCGUGGGGCCGGAUAACAAAAAGUCAUUUUUUCUGUGAAGUAAUCAUGAGUCUCUUUGA